AUGACCCUAAUACAGGUGUUUGAAAUAGUUUGGGAGAGCUACCAGAAAAGAGACUCCAUUUUGCAGCCUGUUUGGGACUAUCUGCGGCUCAACCACUCUGAAACUCUUUGAUCGCCUCUCUUUCCUGUGAUUCUGACAGUGGCAUCAUACUCUGUUCUUUGCCUACCCUACCUAGUCUGCAACAUCUUGGGUGAGAGGUGGCCAGCUAUAUACCAGUACAAGAUCCAGCCUGGCAAGAUGCCCACAACUGCAAUACUCCUUCACUGCAGUGGAGUUAUCCUCUAUAAUCAUAUCCUUCUAGUGAUCCCAGCUGCAGUAGCUCAGUGGAUGUGGAGACCUCCCAUUCCCCUGCCUGAACGAGCACCUACAUUACUAGAACUUGCAGGUGGAGUGGUUGGAAAUCUGCUCCUCUUCGACUUUCAGUACUUAAUUUGGCAAUUUUUGCAUCACAGGAUCCGCUGGCUGUAUGUCACUUUCCAUGCCAUUCACCACAAUUACUCUGCCCCCUUUGCUCUGGUCACACAGUGCCUUGGGGGAAGGGAGAUGGUCACAGUGGGUUUCUGGACCACACUCAACCCGGUUCUACUGAGGAGUCAUCUGCUCACCACCUGGAUGUUCAUGGAGGUCCAUGUGUAUGUAUCAGUGGAGGACCAUUCUGGAUAUGAUUUCCCCUGGUCCAUGUCUCGUCUGAUCCCAUUUGGUGUUUACGGAGGUCCAAGCAAGCAUGAUGUCCACCAACAGAAACCAAAUACCAACUUUGCACCCCAUUUUAGUCACUACGAUAAAGUGUUCAGCACUCAUGCUGAAUUUAGUUUUGUCAAAACUGAGUGAUGAAACAGCAUGCAUGUAACUGUAUAUAAGCUUUAAAAUUGCAUGUUUGAUCUUAAAACUACUUCAG